GUGGAUGUCCGCAUUGUUGAGCCACAGGGAAUUCGCUAUGUGCAUGCUCCUAAUUCACUCGGAGACCAUUUUGAUGGAAUCACUACCAUCUCCAAGGGAGAGAAAAAGGCUCAUGUUUCUUUCAAGCCAACGAUGGCUCAACAGCGAAAAUGCCCCACGUGCUCUUCUACAGCUGUAGAUGGGAACUUUGUCGUGCAAUAUGAUGUGAACAGAGAAACCACGGGUGGAGAGCUGGAAGUAAGUAUUGCUGUUUAACCAGGAAGGGAGGUCUGUGAA